AUGAUAAUGAUAACAAUAAAACUAGGUCGAGAUUAUACACAAGAUUUAAUUAAUAAAUGUGGGAGGGGAGGGGUAGGGGGAGGGGGUUUAAAUGGGAUUUUUCUUUCCUAUGAGGGAGUGGUUAGUAUGGUUUUUUUUUUUUUUUUUUAUUUUUUUUUUUUUUUUUCUAAAACUAUGAAUACUAACCAAAACAACACAAACCACACAAUUAUGCAUUUUAAAAAUCAUUUGAUUUUCUAUGUGAAAUCUAUAUUGAUUUAUAUUCUAUAUAUAAGAAACUGA